AUGUCAUUGAUAAAAAAUCUCGAAGAUUACACAAUUAUUUGGCUUGAUUCUGAUAUAUUGACAAAUUAUGAAACCAAACAGCGUUUACGCUGUAUUAUUAAUUAUAUUAAAUUAUUCGAUAAUUGCGAUGAAUGUUUACGAUACAUCAAUACGUUGGAAAAAGAUGAAAAAAUUUUUUUUUUGGUUUCUGGACAUUUUUGUCAAUCAAUAGUACCAACUGUUCACGAUCUUGAACAAAUAUUAUUUAUUUAUAUAUUUUGUAACGCUCCAUUACUAUAUGAUGAAUGGUCCAAAAAGUAUUCGAAAAUACUUGGACGGUUAUUUACUGAUCAAAAUAGCUUGUAUUUAAAAUUAAUUGAUGAUGUUAAAAUAUCAAAUCUAUCAACAAUAACAAUAUUUGAAGAAAAAUCAUUAAAAAGCUUGACAAAAGAAAAUGGUCUGUUUAUGUGGUUUCAGUUAUUGACAAUGACUCUCGUUCAAAUGUCAACUACUCAAGAUUCAAAACAAGAUUUAAUCAAAAUCUGUCGUGAAUAUUAUGAAGACAACGAUAUAGAACUGAUAAAAAUAGAUGAAUUCGAAAGAGACUAUGAUAAAACCAAAAAACAGGCUAUUUGGUGGUACACAUUGUCAUACGUCUAUUACAUAUCCUGCAGUGAAGGAACAAUCGACUGUGAAAGAGAUUGCUGA